CGCUAUGGACCUACAACAGAUGGAAUAAGUAGAGAUAAACAAAUAAAUAAAAGUAGUGUCGGUUUAUAUAAACCGAAAAUAUAAUCUAAUCUAAUCAUGGCAGAGGGGUUUAAUAACGACUCCGAUGUUAUGGAGGGGAAUGAUACUAAAGGAAGCGCGAACAUUUAUUACACUCUUGCGAUGGAGAAGAUUAGGGAUGUCGUGAUGUCGCUUCCUGACGAUAUCCAACCCGGUCCUGAUCUUUACGGGUUGCCGUGGGAAGUGGUGAUCUUCACGAGCAUGUUGGGUUUAUUCACCUUCCUGCUGUUCACCUGCAGAUUCGUCCAGGCAGUUAAAAGCCGAUUGUACUGCAGUAAAGAGAGGAGGAUGGGACAGAAAGUGACGGAGCUUCUGGAGGAGAAGUGUAAGGCUCUGGAGAUGCUCAGUGAGCGCGAACACAAGUUUAAGAAGCUGGAGACUGAGCUGCAGAAUGGUGGACUUUCAGCUCAGGAUUCAGAGAGAGAAGAUUUAGAGGAAAUGUUGAAGAAGCUGGAGGAGGCAAAUGCACAGAUGAAGAGUGAUAUGGAGAAAAUGCAGGAGGAACUCGACACAGAGGAACAGCUCCGGAAACGGCAGGAAGAGCAGCUCACAAAACUGGAAGAGAUGUUAAAAAAACUAGAGAAAGAGGCCACAGAGCGUAAAUCUCAACUGGAACAGGAUAAAACAACUCUGAAAAUCCACGAGAUGAACACUGAGAGACUGCAGAAGAAACUCCAGGAGGCUAAAGAGGAGAACAGCAUGCUACUUGAGAGCAAAGCACAGCUGGAACAGGAGGCAGAGGGAUGGAGGGAGCGACUGAGUGAGCUGGAGGAAGAGAAAAGGAUGAGUGAGACAUCACACAAUGGAAUGAUGGAGAACUGCGUGAAUAAAGACGCGCGCAUAAAGUCUCUAACGGAGUGUCUGUUGAAGAUGAGAGAUUGGGACUCGGAGGAGGAGAGCACUGUGAAUGACACAAGUGGAUCGGAGAACAAAAGCUCUUCAGAUUUCAGGCAGAAACAGAAAGUACAGAAACUGAUCAGUGCAGCAAAGAUGAGUGCAGAUUUGAAGGCCAUGGAGGAGGACAAGGACCGAGUGUUCGCCAAACUCACAGAUGAAAUCAAAGCCAAAGAAGAUCUUCAAGAAGGUCUUGCACAGCUGCAGCAUGAAAGAGAGACUGUGGAGUCCGAGAGCUCCAUGUACGCCAGUGAAAUUGAGAAACUCCAGCACAAACUGCAAAUCAUGUCCGAGAUGUACCAGGAGAAGGAACUCAAACUGCACAGGAUGUUAACGGUGGAGGAGAAAGAGCGCUCACAGAAAGAGGAGCAGCUCAACAAAGCUGGGAAGAAGAUCAGCCUGGCUACAGAUGAACUGAACUCUUACAGACAAAGAGCCAAAGAGCUGGAGGAGGAGCUGGAGAAGACUGGUCAGGCCUACAAAAACCAGAUUGCUGCACAUGAGAAAAAGGCUCAUGAUAACUGGCUGGCUGCCCGAGCUGCAGAUCGAGACCUCGCUGACGUGAAGAGAGAGAACUCAGUGCUGCGCCAGAGGUUAACAGACUGGCAGUUUAAACUGGAGCUGAUGGAGAAAAAUCCGCAGGCUCGUGCACCGCUGUUUAGGGGUGAAAGAUCUCCGUUCGGCCCAUCCCCGCUCGGUCGCCCCCCCUCUGAAACUCGGCCCUUCCGGUCCCCUCCGACGCUGAUGGAUGGGCCUCCCAGAGUGUCUCCACAGUUUCCCAUGAUGCCCGGCAACAGAGCGCCUCCUGGUGGUGCGGAAGGUGACAAGAGUGUUUCUUACUCUGAAGGCGGCUCCCCCACAUGGGAGAGAGAACGAGAGAGAGAGCGCAGGAAUCUCGGCCCACCAGGUCCAGAUCCAGGACUCUUGUAUAGAAGACCUCUCUCAGCCCCAUUCCUGCGAGCGCCGCUUCCUCCUGAAGCCUACUACAAUGAGAAAUCGGAUUCAUCAUUCGGGGGAGAGGGUGCUGGGUUUAGAGAAAACGGGAUUCGAGACAGUGGACGCCUGAUGCCCGGUGCUGAUAUAAGGGCAGGGCCUCUUCCUCCCCCUCCUUUUCCUCCAGUGGACCCCCGAGACCCUCAUUUCCCUCGUCGAGGUUAUUGUCCUGACUUCUUCCCUCCCCCUCUGGCCAUGCGAGGACCACCUCCUCCUCUUCCUCCUGGAGUUUUUCCCAGAAUUCCACUGCCCCCCCACAUGGCACUAAUGAGACCUCCAGUUGAUCACGUUUCACCCGAGCCUCCAUCCAGACCUUCACCUCCAGGCAGCGAGCAGCCGCCUGAGCAACCUCCAUCUGCACACGAGGUCAUCUGAUCCCUUCCUCUAUUGAUCUCCGUCUCAAUUGUGUGUCCCUGUUUAAUGCACCCUUGCUGACUUCCCCUAAUAAUUGUGUAUCACCCCAAUGUCACACACACACACCUCUUUGCUUGUGCAUAUAACAAGCAAUGGCUGAUAUCAACUUGAUCUCUCAGUACUAGAAAUGUUCACUGGAAUGUGACAUGGGAUUUAACCAGAAUUUACCUUAGAGGGGAAGUGACUAAUGGUGCAUAGCGUCACUUCCUGUUCCUUUAUUCAAGGGCUGUGACUUUCGUGUCAUUUCUUUACUGAAAUUUUUUUACUGUAAUAAACAAUUGCCACUGCGAUGAAGCUAUUUAAACAGAGGUUAUUUCUGGUACAUGGCCAUGCGCUUUCUCCUGUGUGCUGAUGGUGUAGAUAAGGAGUAGUUUGUUUGUUUUUUUUUAAAUGAAAUGGCAUAGGACUCGCAGGUCUUCAUGUUUGGUGUAGUCAUAUUUAAUAAUUUUUACUUAUAAAUAAUUAGCUGAAAAUGAUGUGUAAAUAUAGUACUUGUAUCGAUACAAUAUUGUGAAUAACGUGUACAUAAACAAUAUAGUGAAUUUUGAGAAAUAUGAUGUGAUGGUGCAGAACCGUCCCUGUAGUUUGCAUAUUUAUAGAGUGGAUGCUUUAUCACAGAAAUGCAAAUGAGACCCUGAAUAAAAAUUGUCCUUCUAUGAA